CUUUUUCAGGUCGCCUCAGCGCUCAGCCCUACUCAAUAUUUGGUUUUUUAUAACGCCACUUUCAACCCAGCUCUACCACUAUUGCUUUUACUAGGUCAUAGUCGACCACCAACCAAAAGAAGCAAGAAUCCUUUCGGGACCGUAUCUGUUCCGUGUAUGCAAGGGCCAUGUUGGGCUCAAAAAACCGGUCCCCAACUAUUAUCACUACUACUAGUCUCUGUUUAACAUGGGUCAUGGCACGAGGACAAAGGACUGAGUGAGGCCUUGGAACCCCAACGUUGACUCAUACGGAUCAUCAGCAGGGCCACGACUCUAAUCAGCGAAAAGGCCUCCAAAUUCGUUACUAGUGCCGGGUUGGCAAUCACAUGGACCAUGGUGUCGGUAUCAUCAUCCCAUGGGGUUUCGCCCCUGCAGUCUAGCAUGGUCGAUGUGACUGUGCUGUCCGCCCUACGUAAAUGACAGAAGGAUGAUAGACACUGCGUCGGAUCCUGCCAAAAUGACUGAGGGGAAGCAAAAAGCCAUGGGAGGUAAGCCUAUCAGGGCGCUCUCUCCCUACAGGUUGAUGGGGAAUUCCAUCUGUACCCCGGGCCCGAAGACCCGGACACUUAUCUGUACCCCGGAGGGCCUGGGCCAUGCAGGUUAUCUUUUCGUUUUCAACAUCCACUGGGCUGAGCUCUUACAAGAGAAGGGAUGGGGAAGGGGGGGAGUGUAUGAUAUCGCAACUCUGGAAAAUCCGAUCUUAGCCAGGGGAAACUAGACAAGAAAAAAGAGACAGCCGUGUACGGUUAUAGCAUCACUAGUCAUCCGUACUACCCACCCGAAACCCCAAUCACCUCCGUGCCGUUCCUUUUUAUAUACCCAUUAGCGUGAC